UUUAGUGAAUCUGAUUAUGAAUAUGUGCUGCCUCAUAGGGAGUUUAGUGAAUCUGAUUAUGAACAAGCACUUACUUACAUGGACGAAGAUGAAGCCAGAGCCGAAGUCAGUAAAUUACCUUCAACACAAUCAGGUGGUAGUAAUAAAACU